AUGUUUAAUGCCGGAGAGAAUCCUGAUUUGGCAGCGGCAGAGAGUCAACGUCAACUCAAGCAGAAUGCAGAGGCCUUUGGAAUCUGGAACGCCCAUUCCACAGCUCAGGACCUAGGCUUCGGGAAUGAAAGCCCUGGCUCUGAUCCAUUCCUCGAGCUUCGCCUUGGCUCUGAGGACCCGGACGAACUUCUAGCAGACCUUCUUGCCAGCACCAAACUGGACCCGCUGUCUGUAGAGGAUGCAGCUAACUAUGAGCUGCCUGCUUUUGCGCCAAGCGAUGCUGAUGCUGCGUCGUCAAACCAAUGGGCUCCGUAUGAGUCAAAGACAUUGACACACUCUUGUAUUACAGAUGUUUCUUCUUGA